GCACUCCUGAGUGCUAUACUCAAUUAGCAAAUAAAUGUAUGGAUGCUAAUCCUUCGAGUAGACCAACUGCAUCUGUUAUCCAUAAUGAAUUAUCGAGAUGGUAUCGGAUAUUAAAUGAUAAUAUUGCGGAAGAUAAAAAUGAAUCAAUAUUAAAAGCAUUUCAAUCUGCAGAUGCAAUUAUUCCAACACUAUCAACCAAAGUGUCAAUUUGCCUUAAAGAUAAACUUACAA